AUGCCAAGAUCUUCUCGUGGAGGUUCACCUUUAUCAUUAGACUUAGAAAUCGAACGAACCGCAAAAAGACUUAGGAAACAAGCCAAACUUCGAAAGAGGUUAGGCGAGGGAACUUCGUCACCGGGAGUAAAUAUCUGGCAAGAUAUUGACCUCUCUAGCGAUUCGGGCGACGAAAAAGAAGAAAAGCUAAAAAAGAAAAAGGAAGACGAGUUGGAAGUCAAGACAGAAGAAAUGGAGGAGCGGACUCUCCGAGAGCUCGCGACACAAGACGUUGCUCAGGUUCCUAUAUGCAUCAGGUAUCCUCAAGGUAACGAUAAUUUUGUUCUAAAGACUGGUUUGGUCCAUCUCUUACCUACUUAUCAUGGUUUAGAAAAUGAGGACCCGAAUAAGCACUUAAAAGAAUUUCAUGUUGUCUGUCUAAGCAUGAAACCCAAUGAGGUUUCCGAGGACCUUAUAAAGUUAAAGGCAUUCCCUUUCUCUUUAAAGGACCAUGCUACGGAUUGGCUCUAUUCGUUACCGCCCAGUUCGGUAACGACUUGGAACCAAAUGGCGAGGUUAUUUCUAGAUAAAUUCUUUCCCGCCUCCCGAGCCACUAACCUCCGUAGAGAGAUUUAUAGCAUUAAGCAACGAGAUGUUGAGACUCUCCAUGAAUAUUGGGAGAGAUUCAAGCAUCUUUGUGUGAGUUGCCCACAACACGGGAUCUCGGACCAAUUGCUUCUACAAUAUUUCUAUGAGGGACUCCUUCCUUUGGAUAGGAAGUUGAUUGAUGCCGCAAGUGGCGGAGCCAUGUUUAAUAAGACCCUAACCGAGGUUAGAGCUCUAAUUAGCACUAUGGCCGAAAACUCCCAACACUUUAGUGUUAGGAGUGACAUGAGAAGAGAGCCACAAAAGGCGAAUGAGGUCAAUGUUUCUAGUAUUGAAAGUCGCUUAUUUGAUCUUACUAACAUGGUUAAGCAGCUUGUAGUAGAAAAAGAGCAGGUGAAAGCUUGUGGUAUCUAUUUAGGAACGGGCCAUCCAACCGAUGCGUGCCCGCAACUUCAAGAAGAUGUGUUUGUGACGGGCGAAGAUGUGAACGCGGUAGGAGGUUUCCAAGGUCAGCCACAACAACAAAUGUAUUUUAACAAUACCUUUGGCAACCAAAGACCUCCUCAAUUCCAUAAUUUUGUUCAAAGGCCGCCACAACAACAGUUUCAACAAGGAGCUCCAUUCAACCCAAAUCAAGCUAAUUCUAGUGGCUCAGGUAUGUCCCUUGAAGACAUUGUUAAAAAUCUAGCAACUAACACUCUUCAAUUCCAACAGAAAACGAAGGCUAGUAUUCAAAAUUUGGGAGCUCAAAUGACACAGCUUGCAACUGCUGUGAGCCGAUUGGAAUCUCGAGGGAAACUGCCCUCCCAAAUGGAAACACCUCUGAAGUUGAAUGUGAGUAUGAUGACCUUGAAGAGUGAGAAGAAAGCUGGUAGAGCAAGAAUGAGAAAUGUUAUUGAAGAGGACACAUCCGAAUUUUCCAUUCCACCAUUGUUUCCCGAGAGGUUUAGACAAGUAAAGAAGGAGUACAAGUUGGAAGCGACUCCCGAGAAGAUUGAAGACAUAUCUCAAACAGUUCAAGAAGUAGAUGGUGAUGAUGAGUAA